UCAACAAAUGACAAAACCAUGUUCAAGAGAUCCCAAUCUGGAAUGCCAUAUGGUAAAUGGAGUUUAUGGCUUAUAAAAUACAGCCAGCAUUUAUCAUUCGUUGGCUGGAGCUCAUGGCGAAUAGAGGCCCCAAUAUGUCGGAGAAAAUAAAGAUAGUUUUGAGCCAACAUGGUCCUCAUGACGACCUAUUUCUUUUGCGCUUCAGUGCGUUUGGGUAUCCUCGUUAUAUGCUUUUUUGCCAUGUGCAAAAGCAUCAUCAUUAUGUAUGUGAUCUUUGACAAUGGCACAGCUUUCAUGUUUUCGGUGAUUCGUAUAUUUGAAAAUGAUGUAAAUUAUCGAACGAGUUUUAUUGUUAAAGAAUCCAUCAAUUGGGUGGAGAAAUAUCCCAGGGAAAUAAUGAUGGUUACCCAACUCUACAGCUUUUGUCAUAUUCUAUCUUGUAUUCUUGGAGCCUUUGGUGCUUAUAGGCUCAAGAAAUACCAUGUUAUGCCUUUGUGUAUCUUCGAGUUCCUGUACACCGUUCAAAUAGUUGGGAUAUCGGUGAUUUCCCUUCGAAUUGCACGACAUAUAGUGCCCUUAGGGACCCUGAUAUUGCUAACACUGACUCUCACAUUCUAUGCAAUGCUUGUGGCCUAUGACACCUUGGCAUUGAUUGCCUUUAUACAGAUUAUGGUUCUGGUGAAUAGCGAAAAAUAUCAACGUCUUUAUGGCACGGAUCCCCUCAAUCCCAUUCUAUAUAAAGAGGAAAUACCUCAAAAAUCCACAGUUGAAAAUCCACUGCAGCAGCCACCAAUUAUAAUCUAUGUAAUGCCCAAAGUUGGUCAAAAAUUGUGGCACUUGCAACCACAGAAAUGGUGGCAGGAUAUGGAAGGUUCUUCAAUCGAUACGAAUAUAGAUUCUUCGGAGAUUUUUCAAAGGCAGGAGCUCUUGUCGAAUGUUUUGCUGCGAAAUGCUGUCAAUGGUGAACGAUUUUUGUACAAAGAUAAAGAACUAGUGACUUCCAGCACUUUUCAUCGGCUUGGUAGACAUAUUUAAAAGGGCUUGUCGUCUGUAAUGCCCCAAGGAGAAGGAUAUGUACUUUGAAAUCAAUUGAUCGAUUUUUCGAUUUUAGACCGAUUUCCGAUCGAUUAUUUUAAGAUCUUUUGGUGUUAGGGGCUAAGAAAGAUUAGAAA